GCAGAUCUUGGUUCCUGGGCAUGAAGCUUCUCGGCUGAAUCGGACUUCGACGCCGACGGAUCUCUUUCUAUAGGGGGAUGUGCGACUACGUUCAAUUUCAGCCUAAAUUCACCCAUCUCCAAAGCCUUGCAUGAAUCGGAGAACUACAUACUCUCCAUGGUGGAAUGAAACCAUGAACAGCACAGAUUCUCUCCAACGGGCAUUGCGGUUCGCAUUGGGUCAAGGAUAGCCGAUUAAACACUUUCACUCAAGCCGCAUGACAGAAUGGCGACGGGAAUACUCAAAGUGAAAGACACCCAGGUGGUCGAUGAUGGCGGGAAUCCAGUCAUUCUACGAGGCUGUGCGAUAGGAGGAUGGCUCAAUAUGGAAAAUUUCAUCGUGGGCUACCCCGGCCAUGAAUCCAGUAUUCGUGCUGCGAUGCUGGAGGUCAUGGGCCAGGAAAAGUACGACUUUUUCUUCGACCGAUGGCUCUACUACUUCUUCACAGAGGCCGACGCAAAGUUCUUCAAGUCGCUUGGUCUGAAUUGCAUCCGCAUUCCUUUCAACUACCGGCACUUCGAAGACGAUAUGAACCCCCGCGUGCUCAAGGAGAGCGGCUUCAAGCACCUGGAUCGGGUGAUUGACCUCUGUGCAAAGGAGGGUAUUUAUACCAUCCUUGAUAUGCACACUGUACCCGGCGGCCAAAGCCCCGGGUGGCACUCUGAUAACACGACGAGCUACGCCGCAUUCUGGGACUAUAAGGACCAUCAAGACCGAACGGUCUGGCUUUGGGAGCAGCUCGCUCGCCGUUACAAAGGAAAUGCAUGGAUUGCUGGGUACAACCCGAUCAAUGAGCCCUGUGAUCCCAAACACGUCCGCCUACCCGCAUUUUAUGCUCGACUGGAGAAAGCAAUCAGAGCCGUUGAUCCAGACCAUAUCUUGUGGCUCGACGGCAAUACCUUUGCGGCCGAAUGGAAGGGCUUUGACACUGUGCUCCCAAAUUGUGUCUAUGCCCUGCACGAUUACAGCAUGAUGGGGUUCCCCACUGGACGCCCGUAUGAGGGCACGUCUGAGCAAAAGGAUAGAUUGGAGGCGCAAUUCUUGCGCAAGUCAGAGUUCCAGAGGACGCACAAAACGGCCAUUUGGAACGGCGAGUUCGGCCCCGUGUACGCAAAUCCCAAAUGGGAUGAAGAUGCGGAGGCGGUCAACCAGAAGCGUUACAACAUGCUUGGCGAGCAGCUGCGCAUCUACGACAAAUUCCAGAUCCCGUGGUCGAUUUGGCUCUUCAAGGACGUCGGCUUGCAGGGCAUGGUGUACACGUCGCCCGACUCGCCCUGGAACAAGCUGAUCGAGCCUAUCCUAGAAAAGAAGAAGCGGCUGCAGCUGGACGCAUGGGGGAAAUACCCGUCCAAGGAAGUCGACGACGUGAUGCUGCCCCUCAUCGGCUGGAUCGACUCGGUCUCGCCCACCGCGAAGAACGUCUACCCAUCCACGUGGAACACUGCAAGGCACAUUGAGCGGGCCGUUCUGCAGACCUUCCUGGCCGAGACCUUCUGCCAGGAAUUUGCCGAGCUGUUUCGCGACAAGGAUGAGGGCGCCCUGGAGAAGCUAGCCCAGAGCUUCAGCUUCGAGAACUGCGUGCAGAGGGAGGGGUUGAACAAGAUCAUGUCCGACUACGCCGCCGUCGCGUCCAAAUCGACCUGAACAGUGAUUAGCUUAGGCAAAGAACAACCCGCAUCGGGUCAAAUACAGUCAGCGCCGACUUUUCGACGGCCAUUCACACCGGUUCACUCCCCACGAGCGCACAUGGUAGCAUGAUGCUCGGGCGUUUUCCGGACAUGUUAGACCACUUGCCUUUCUGCCUCAAUCUUUUCUUUGCCUAAAUUCAUUUCUUGGUAUCGGAGUCCCAGGGUCGACUCCAAUCAGUUGGGG